GCUAGUGAUUCUUCAUUGUUCAUCAGACAUUAGGUAUGAGUCAUACACGCAUCGAGUAGUUGGUUUAAUAGUUUCAAUGGAUAAUAUACAUUGUAAAUCCGGACUUCAAGCAGAUCAUUGCCACGGCUCUUCCAUACGGAUCUUCUGCAGAGAAAUCAGCAGCGAGCCAUCAUGAAAUGCUGUUUCCCUUUCAUCAGCUUCUUAGAGGCAUUUGCAAAGAAGAGUAAAAUCUCUGCUCCUACACUUUAUAUCAAGGGAUGGUUUGGAUUUGGAUGCUCACCUUUCUACAAACUUGGAGCUCAAAUACAAUGCCGUCUUCCCCUUGUGCCCAUUGUAGUAGUUGUCUGGCCCCCACGAUUCUGAACGACCUACGCCAGGAGUCAAAGUCGUUGUUUGGCUGCCGCCCACCAGUUAAAAAAAAAAAAAAAAAAAAAAAAGAGGAAACUAAAGAAGAAAGAAAGGAGAAAUACGGAAUGGAGUGGUGUGUAUUAGUGCUACUUGGUUUCUGCUUGGUUAGUGUUUUGUAAAGAUCUCUUACUCAUGACUUAAUUUGUUUUCCCAAUAUCUGUUAUGCUUUUGUGAUCAGAGUAAAAACCUUGAAAUGGUAAUAGUUUCAACGAGCUUAAAUGAAGAGUUUAUUUUUGGUAUUUGUGAUUUAGAUGUCUUGCUCAGCGUGCAAUCUUAAGGAUAGAUUCUUAUAUUAAUUUGAUGCAUUUAAAAAAAACUAAUAUUUUUA